AGGGAAACGUUCUUCGAACUGCGUGUAGAGAAAGUUGCAAGUCAUUUAGCUGCUGCGCUUACAAACGAAUACAGCACUUGGUUUGUCUACUUGGCAGUUCAGCAUGUUAAUCAUUGCAUAUACGAUCGUUGCCGUUUUGGGGUGGAGUUCGACGGUGUCUGGAGAUCUAGAACCACAGUGUACGUCGAGAUUUGAUUACGACUAUAAACUGUUAAAAACACUGGUGUCUUUGGAAUCAGAGAUUGAAAAGUUGAAGGCGCAGCAGCAGGAACUCUCAGACGCUCUUCAAGGGUUACAAAGAGGCCAACCGAGAACUGCCUUUACCGCGACCAUGUCAGCUGAUAAGUCAGGCAUACCCAACCACACCACUAUCGUGUUUGACGUGGUCAUCACAAACAAAGGGGGAGCUUACAGCCCAUCUAAUGGGAUCUUCACCAGCAAAACAGCGGGCGUGUAUGUUUUCUCCUGGGUGACAACUAACAAGAACCGCACAUGGAUGAACACAGAGUUGAUGCUGAACGGUGAAAAGAAGGGUACGGCUAUGUCGGACUCCGGCGACAUCAACGACUACAGUGUGGCUGCCAACACUGUCUCAUUGGAGCUACAGGUUGGCGACCAAGUGUGGGUACGCGCCGGAACCUGGCAUAAUGGCAAACUGGCGGGAGAAUGGCGCACUACCUUUACUGGAUGGCAACUAUGAUGGAGUUGCUACAAGUUCAAGUUCGCAAUAUUUUGUUUGCAGAAAGUUGAACAUGCAUGGCACUAUAGCCACUAUCACCAGAGUAUUUGUGCGCAGCUAUUUGCCUCUAGUUAAGGGAGUGGAUAAAUAAAGGUUCACUCAUGAUAUUUUAUCUGUCUACCAAAUUUAAGACGUGUUCUUACAUAACUGCCUGUCACCACGAAAGGAAAUGUGUAGAUUGUUUUAUUUCUGACAGAGAGAAUAAACAUUAUUUUUCGCCGACCUGUUUUAGAAGCUGAUUAAACUAAUUUGUUUUCCCUCUUUACAUUUCCCUGAUGCUAAAUUCGUGUUUUCAUAUACAUGUACUAAGUAUGUAAAAAUAAAUGAUGUCUGAUCGGUUUUUAAUCACUUACAAUAAAGUUUCCUUAU